CGAUGUAUGAUCUAACGGCCAAUAAUCAACGGACUACGGUUAUCUCAGAGACCCACUUCGGUUAACCCUUAAACCAAACGUGCUCUCUAAAAACUCGAGACAAACCAAACGCGCCACUAUUAUUACUUUCCGUUUUUUAAAACUAAUUACAGAAAAGUUAAUUAAUUAAUUAAUUAAAUAAGAAACCGCCGGUUUGCUUCGUUUCAAAUUUCGUCUCAUUUCAUCGUUGUGAGAAUCUCUCUCAAGAGCGAUUAUGGGAGAGAUCAACAACGAUGAUGACUGGAGAAACGGCCUCGACAUCUCCGGGCUUAGUCUGAUGGACGAGGACGAUAGUCUCCUCCUCCUCUUCCCCGAUCCCACCUCAGGUACUGAUAAGGAAGGUCUUGAUUGGUUUGGGGAAGAUGAAUUGAGUGAGGUGAUGAAGUAUAACCUGAGGAAGAGUCUUGCUUGGGACAAAGCCUUUUUCACCAAUGCAGGUGUUCUGGAGCCUGAUGAACUGUGUCAUAUGAUUGAAAGCAAUCAUGUGGGUGAGAAGAAAGUUUUGGCGACUAUUCAAGAGGAUGUGAAGAGAUCAACGGAGUCUAUAUCCACGUUGAAGAGUGACUGCACUUUGGAGACGAGUGAGGAACUGGGAGAAAGAGAUGAUGCAGUACAUAGCCCAACUCCAAGUACACUAGAUGACCGUGACUCUAACGAAAAGGUGAAACCCAAUGGUAUUCGUAAAAGGCCAAGUAUUAGGGCACAAGGACUAGGGAAGGUGACAAAGCAGGCUCUUGCUGCAAAAGAGCACAACACAUCAUCCAUUUCUAGGCCAUCCACUGGACUCAGCAGAAGUGUAAGAGCUUCGGUAGAUGUCAACAAAACCAAACAAGGUGAAUCGCCUGUGGCUCCCCCCAGAGUUGCAAUUUCAAGGAGGAUUCGACCCACUGUAUCGAAACCUGGACCGCCUUCCAAAUCUGCUUUAAGGUCCUCCAAGAAUGAAUUGACAUCUUCCUGCUCUUCACUUGAGAGCUGUAUCAGUGCUUCCUCAAGCGCUUGUAAAAAAUCUCCGCUAGAGUCGGCAAACCAGAAGAAAUCUCAGAGUUCAAGAACAGCUUUCCAUUCUAUGGCGAACGGAUCCACAUCCAGAGUUUCACCCCUCUCAGCUACUAGCACAUUCAAGUCCAGGCUUUCCUCUAAUAAUGCAUCUUUUCUUAGUGCUUCUGUCGACUGGUCUUUUAACUCGCCGAGAGCUCCUACACCUAAUAAAAUGGCUAAAGGUAAGAAGAAAACUGUAUCUGCUGUCCAACAUGACCCUAUGCCGGAUCAACAUGGUUCCAUGACGAAACCAACUGGACUCCGUGUGCCAUCACCAAAACUAGGCUACUUUGAUGGAGGGAGGAGCAGCGUUGCAAGAACACCCACAGGAUCCUGUACUGGUGGCUCAGCAAAACAUGGAGCUCGUAGUCUGAAUGAAUCAACAGCUUCUAGUAGGACCAAGUCUCGUCUUGUACAAGAAUCCACAAAUUCUAAAGCAAAGGCCAGGCCUGUUUCAAGGAGUUCCAGGCUGAUUGUGUCAGCUUCUGCGUCUUCACCAAAGGUUACCAGCAAAACCUAUUCAAAGGUCAGUGCAGAGGAACGACUCAACGGCGAUGCGGUGGAAGAUAAUCUAGCACAGUGAUGAAAGCCAAGUCACCUGCAACCUUAUUAUAUUAUCAUCUAAGGCUGGCUAUUAGGUUAAAGACCAGAUCGACAAGUGCAGUGUCAUGUGUAUAGCUUUGAUUUGCACUUUCUGUCUCUGGUUCAUAAACAUAGCUUUAUUAUAAUUAUUAUGUUGUUGUUCUCUAAGUAUGUUUUUGAACCGGAAACAACAAAGUUCAGCUUUCAUAAAUGUUGAUCAGAGUUUCAGAUUAGUCUACUGAAAUGAAGCAAAAGCAGUUUGGUCUUGCUUCAGUUAUCACUCUUGACUUUUCUUGAGUAACACACCAAACUUCUUUAGCAUACUCACAUUCUUCUUCUUCUUCUUUGGUGAAGAAGACAAAUCAUCAUCAGUUUCAUCUGUAUCAGCUCCAUCAGAUCAUAUUCUAGCUUCUUGAGUUCGUCAGUAACCUCAGGCUCUCUUUGGUUCAAGCUGUUUCCAAGUUUACUUCUUUUCUGCUUCUUUGAUUUUCAAGUUUAGUAACUCAUUUUCAACCGCCAGUAUCCUCAGCUUAGCUCGUUCAUUGCAAAGCCUCUCAUUUCACCUUUGGUUUUCUUCACUUCCCUUUUUGGUAUAAUCUUUGAAGUACAAAGCUUAAGCAAAGUAUACAGGAAAGAAAACACACAGCCCUAACAAACUAAACCAAUACAUUAGCUCAAAGAGACUCCAUUUGAAACUAACUACCAUCUACCACCAAACCAAAGGCAACAAGACAAACAUAAAAACAAACAUUUGUUCACAGUCAACCUAAUCACAAAGAUGCACUACAAAAAAUUGUCCACACACAAUAAAAUAGCUUGUUGAAUAUAAAAAAAUAUUAACACAUUUGUUAAUAAUGCUUUUAACUAAUGUUUACCAUAGACUUUAAUUGUAGAAAAUUUAAUUUUUUAUAGAUCUGUAAGUAAUAUAUAUUUAUUUUACUAUAUAUUACUUUUUAUUUUAAAUUUUAGCUAUUAAUAUAUACAUUACGUAAAUUCAAACACUUACCAUAGUGUUAAAAUAUAUUUACAUUUAAAAUAUAUUUACAACUCUCCCAAGCAUUUGUUUAGUUUUUUUUAAUAAUAAGUACCUACAAUAAUGUUUUGUUCUGUUAAUAAUAUUUUUCAUUCUAUUAAUUUUAAAAGCAA